UGAAAAUAUCUCCAAGUGUAGUCACUGUCCUUAUUGUUCUUCGUAACGAUUUUUGUGAGCUGAAUUGAUUGCUAUUAUUAUUAUCUUAUUCUUCAGAAAUCUAAAGAAGUGAAGAAGUAUUAGUUGAAGAAGUAUGAGUUCGUUGACUCCAGCACCUUCUUCUCUUUCCAGAACCUCCUUCCUCGCAAUUCCCUCUGCUUUCUCCAAAUUCCAAUUAUGCCCUCUCCCUUCAGUCCCUUCUUCUUCUUCUUCUUCUUCUUCUUCUCGCGUUCUGUGUCGCGGUGGAUCGAGCGUGCAACACGUGGCCACCGACUUCAAGCUCGUAUUGCACGAUGCUCUUGAUGCUUCUGGAAUCGACACCACUCAUGCCAGGAAAGCCAGGGAGGAGUUCUGCUCACAAAUUCGGAGAUUCACCGAGAUUGAGAAGGAAACUAGCAUUUGCAUUAACAGGAGUGUUGAUUUGGGAAGAACGGCUCUCUAUAUUGCCGCGGAGGAUGAUUCUCUCGUAUCACAUUCAUCAGUUCCCCUUCCUGUGGAUGCUUUCAUUUCAAGAUUAGAUGAUCUUUCAAUGGACUAUUGUCCUCACUACAAACCUGAAUACGAUUCAUCUCCUGAGAAGUUCUUAGAGAGCAUAGAGAGAUUUCUAUAUGUUCACAAGGGUUUCAGCAGAGCCAACGAAAAUCUGAUGGAGUUACGGCCACUAUAUCUCCACUCAGUUUUGACUCACCGUUCAGGAUCAGCUGUGAUGCUGUCACUCAUAUACUCAGAAAUUAUGAAAAUGCUUCGUUUGUGGGGCCUUUUAUAUUUUGAUGCCGAAAUUUUCUUCCCUCAUGAUGCUCUUUCCCUUCCCAAUGGCUAUCAUAAGCAGAAAAGCAAGGAAUCAGACCAAGUUCACAUUAUGACCUCUGGAAACUUGUUAGUCAAGAUCUUAAAUAAUCUCAAGCAUGCAUUCUGGCCUUUCCAGCAUGAUAGUAACAAGAGUUUAUUCUUAAGGGCAGCACAUGCUGCUAACUGUGUCGACAGAUCGGAUUUUGUUGGAGAAAGUGGAUCUCAAAUUGCAUCAGCUAAGGCUGCCCAACAUAGGCUGGAUCGAGGUGUUUGGACCAGCGUGCGAUUUGGGGACAUGAGGCGUUCAUUGUCUGCAUGCGAACGCCUUAUCCUCAUGAAUAAUAAUGAUGCGAACGAGUUCAGAGAUUACAGCAUUCUUCUCUAUCACUGUGGUUUAUAUGAGCAAUCACUGCAAUACCUGAACAAGUACCAGGAAUUGAAGAAGUUGCAAGCUGAAGUGAAUUCAUCGGACCCUCUUAGCAGUCUCGAAGACGAUGCGGCGGAUAAACUGAUGAUGCGCUUGAACCUCAUCAUGAUGGAACAAGGUUGGAGUCAGCCACCUUACGCCAGAAACUUCCUCGGUAAUAGCUCUGAACCAUGGUAGCUAGUUCCUCAUCCAACUCAGACAGCAUCAUAGAAGAAAUGGCAACAAAUUUUGCUGUUAAUCUUCUGCAAACACCAACAUAAAAACGCCGUCGGCCCGUCGCAAAUCUUGAAAUUAACAAAAUUUUCCAAGAAAUCAGGAGACACUAUCAUAAUGGAAUGAAUAUGAGAGUAACAACCUUGUAAUUAAAAUGAUCAUAUACUUUUGACUCACCUAUUUUGCUUGUAAAAGUAGAACUUAAUGUAUAUAGACAAAUAAUAUAAACAGGGUAUGAUUUAGUGCAUAUAUUGAAGGUGAAUCUAUAUGCGUAGCA